CCGGAACCCCGGCACUGCCCUCACCAGCGUCCCAGGACCCCGGGCUCCGGGCCUGCGAACCCCGCCUCCCCGGGAACCCGGGCUCAAUUGCGAACCCCGCCUCCCCUUGAACCCGGGCUCCGGGCCUGCGAACCCCCGCCUCCCCGGACCCCGGGCUCCGCUGCGAACCCCGCCUCCCCUUGAACCCGGGCUCCGGGCCUGCGAACCCCCGCCUCCCCGGACCCCGCUGCGAGCCCUGCCUCCCUGGGCUUCAGGCCUGCGAACCCCGCCUCCCUGGGCUUCUGGCCUGCUACCCCCACCUGCCCGGACCCGGACCCUAGGCCCUCAACCCCCCACCGGCGGCCUUCAUCUGCCCCGCCGAGGUGCAUUCAGGCCAGACCCCGGUUCCUGGCGUCAGGUGGGGGUGCACACGGGGAGGGGGCUCCUGGGGAAGGAGCGUCCGAGUCUCGGAGAUGCCGCCCGGCAAAGUCCUGCAGCCCGUCCUGAAAAUGAAGGUGGACGAGCUGUUCCUGUGCUGGCUCAGCGAGUCCAGCACGCAGACGAUGCUGCAGGACUGUUUGCAAAGGAUCAAGACGCCCGGGAGGACCGAGAUAGGCGCCGGGGACGCGGGGCAGCCCGGGCCCCUGUUGGCAGCGGCCGCCCCCGCCUGCAAGCCCGGUGUGUUCGAUAGCCUGGGGGCGCCCAGCCCGGCCCCCGCGUCCGCCGCGCUCCCGCUGGGAGCCGCCACUAGCCCCAGGAGUGGGCCACACGUUCGAGGGCCUCCUCGUAGAUCCGCAGGGACCAGAGUAGUUCAGACGAAGAAGGAGGAGCCCCUGCCGCCCGCCAGCAGCGAAAGCAUCCCCGCGUUCUACUUCCCUCGCGGCCGUCCCCGGGACACCGUGAACGUAGACGCGGUCAUCGCCAAGAUCGAGCGGACUUUCGCCCAGUUCCCGCACGAGAGGGCCACCGUGGACGACAUGGGCCGCGUGGCCAAGGCGUGUGGCUGCCCGCUGUACUGGAAGGGACCGCUCUUCUGCAGUGCCGGGGGAGAGCGCACGGGCUCCGUGUCUGUGCACAAGUUCGUCGCCAUGUGGAGAAAGAUCCUCCAGAACUGCCACGACGACGCGGCCAAGUUCGUCCACCUGCUCAUGAAUCCCGGCUGUAACUACCUGGUACAGGAGGACUUCGUCCCCUUCCUACAGGACGUGGUGAACACGCACCCGGGCUUGGCCUUCCUGAAGGAGGCGUCUGAGUUCCACUCCCGCUACAUCACCACCGUCAUACAGAGGAUCUUCUACACCGUCAACAGGUCCUGGUCGGGGAGGAUCACGUGUGCGGAGCUCCGGAGAAGCACGUUCCUGCAGAACGUGGCACUCUUGGAAGAGGAAGCAGACAUCAACCAGCUGACAGAGUAUUUCUCGUACGAGCACUUCUAUGUGAUUUACUGCAAGUUCUGGGAGCUGGACACGGACCACGACCUUCUUAUCGAUUCCCAGGACCUGGCCCGGCACAAUGACCACGCUCUGUCCACCAAGAUGAUCGAGAGGAUAUUCUCAGGGGCAGUGACCAGGGGCAGAAAAGUACAGAAGGAAGGAAAGAUCAGCUACGCCGACUUUGUCUGGUUUCUGAUCUCUGAGGAAGACAAGAAAACUCCAACCAGCAUUGAGUACUGGUUCCGCUGCAUGGACCUGGACGGGGACGGGGCCCUGUCCAUGUUCGAACUGGAGUACUUCUACGAGGAGCAGUGCCGCAGGCUGGACAGCAUGGCCAUCGAGGCCCUGCCCUUCGAGGACUGCCUGUGCCAGAUGCUGGACCUGGUGAAGCCCCAGAGCGAAGGUAACGUCCCGUGUGAGGAGACGCUGCUGCCCCUAGAGGGAAAGGAUGCCCCCAUGUGA